UGGGUGGUUCUCACUCGCCCGUCCACUGCGGCAGGGCAGGUCGCCAUCUGCCCAGUAUCCCCUCCUUCCAGGCUUCUUGGAAGAAGCAUCGAAGGAAAACAAAACAGCUUCAACUGCGUUUGAAAAGGGGGGAAAAAAUCUUUUCAAGAACUUUCUUCAGAGAUUUUACUCAUGGGGCGCACCCUGAAGACGGCCCCCGUGCUGUGGGCUUCAGUGAUCCUGCUGCUGAGCUAUUUCCCCACCCUUCUGAGUGCUACUUCUGAAGCAGAAGAAGAAGACGAGUUUACAAAUAUUACAGAUAUUGAAUUGCCACCAUUCAGACUUCUAAAUCCAUUUUGCGCAUUGAAGGCACAAGAUGGGCCAUGCAAAGCAAGGAUAAUGAGAUUUUUUUUCAAUAUUCACACUCAACAGUGUGAAGAAUUUAUAUACGGGGGAUGUUUGGGAAAUAAUAAUAGCUUUGAAAAUCUGGAAGAGUGCAGAGAAAACUGUGUACCAGGUCAUCAAAAAAUUACGACCACUUUGCUAAAAGAAAAGCCAGAAUUCUGCUUUUUGGAAGAAGAUGUUGGAAUUUGCCGAGGUUAUAUUACUAGGUAUUUCUAUAACAAAGAGUCAAAAAAGUGUGAACGUUUCAAGUAUGGUGGGUGCCUGGGCAACAUGAACAACUUUGAAUCGCUGGAAGAAUGUAAAAGCUCCUGUGAGGACACAGUGAAUGAUGUAAACCCCUCACCGGAUGUAAAAACCCCACUGGAUCCUGUGACUAAUUACACUUUGACUCCCCAACCUACCAAAGUUUUCAAGUUCUCAGGAUUCCGUAGUCCAUCCUGGUGUCUCACCCCAGCAGACAGAGGAUUGUGUCGAGCCAAUGAGACCAGGUUCUACUACAAUUCAAGUAUUGGGAAAUGCCGCCCAUUUAAAUACAGUGGAUGUGGAGGCAAUGAAAACAAUUUUACAACCAAAAGAGCAUGUCUGAAGUCUUGUAAAAGAGGUUUCAUCCAAGGAAACUCCAAAGGAGAAUUAAUUAAAACCAAAAGAAAAAGGAAGCAGCAGUCAGUGAAGAUAGUGUAUGAACAGAUUUUUGUUAAAAAUACAUUAUUAGACAAUUAACUCUGCUAUUUUGAAUGAAGCCCGUGACUCUGAUUUCAUUUCUUUCUCAACUCUUUUAAUACAUAUAUUGGGGAACCUGUUUUCUAUGUAAACUGGACCUUCUAUCAAUAUGAAGGAGUUUCCAACAGGUCAUGGAAAACAUUCCUUUAUAUUUGAAUUCCAUUUUCCCAUAAUUUUUGAAGCCUUUUAUAUAUUUAGAUCAGACUUCCCCUUCCUAAUCUAAUCAGAUUGCUUAUUAUAGACUACAAUUUAUUAAAACAGUGCUUAAAGCACUCCCCUGCUGACCUAAUUGCAUGGCUAACCUAAUGUCAUGGGAGAGGGAUCUGACAGCCUACUUAUAUAAACAUUUACAACCUUGAAAACUCCAUGAGGCAGUUCUACUAUAUUCCAUAAAGUCACUACAAAUUAGAAUAGAAUCAACAACGAUGGUUUGUUUUCUAGGACCUUAUUUUCCUUCCCCCUUUCUAGCUACUUGCUAUUUAACUGCAAAUUAUCACUAAGAGUGUCCACACAAAACGGAACCCUUUUUUGAAUUAGUGACCAUCUACUGGAAAGGCUGUCUAUAAACAGUUACAAUCCCAGAAACUCAGAAGAGCACUCUACCACGUCUGACCUACAGGGUCACUUUGAAUUGGCAUCACCUCAAUAGCAGUGUUUGGUUUUUGUUCCUUUAUCAUUAAGUUCAUUCAAAUCAAGGGCUUAUCUUUUUUAAAGAACCUUCUUUUAUAUUUUAAUGUGAAGCUUUUUUUUACCUUCUAAUGCAUCUUCAUAUCAGUCUUCUAUCUACAGAAUUAUUCAGUAUCUCUCUACCACUCCAAAAAAGUCAAAUGCUCAUGAAUUGCUACUCAAACUCUCCUGAAUUUAAUUGCAACAUACAUUUCCGGGCUUAUCUACCCUGCUCUCUUUCAUGAAUGCUUCAAUUUAGUUUAAGAAAUGUAUUCCCUCUUCACUAAAUAUGUCUUUAAUCUCUCAGAUUAUUUCCUGCUGAUUUCCUAUUUUUUCAAAAAUUGGGUCUCCAUACCACUAGUCUGAAGUCAAAGUCCUGCUGUCAGCUACAAACAGUCUCAAGAGACGAUUUGAAAAGUUCUGAUUACAAAUAAUUUUCCUACUGUGGCUUAAAAAUUAAACCAUUACAAAUUAAUAUCCAUCUGCCAAUUUAAGGAAGAUAUUAAACCUUGAUUUUAAAUAUGCAGUCCACAAAUAAAAAUUCAGCCCACAGCCUA